GGCUGUUAUACCGCGAAACCCCGCCCAUGUGUGGGAAUGGCAGCAGCAGCAGGGUUUGUAGACUGUCACUGUCACAUGACAGCUGAGGAGUUCCUCCAGGACACAGAGGAAAUUCUGGAGAGAUCAAGAAAAGGAGGCGUCCAGGCCCUGGUCUCUGUAACAGAAAACACAGGAGAGUUUGAAAGGCUUAUUCAGCUAUCGGAAAGAUACCCCAAAUAUCUCAUGCCGUGUUUUGGAGUACAUCCUAUUCAGAGGAAAAGAGAUGGUUAUCACAGCGUCACAAUGAAGGAUUUGGAACCCGCCCUCUCACAGUUUGACAAGUACAGAGACCACCUCGUCGCUAUAGGAGAGGUUGGGCUAGACUUCACCCCCUGGCUGACCCCCACCUCUGCAGACAGAGAGGAGCAACUGAAGGUUUUACAGAUGCAGCUGGACAUCGCAAAGCGACUGGGCCUACCUGUAAACGUCCAUUCCCGUUCAGCUGGGAGACAGACUAUAGCUUUCCUCAGGGAGCAAGGUGCAGAGAAAGUCUUGCUGCAUAAUUUUGCUGGCCGCCCAUCAGCCGCCUUGGAGGGGGUGCAGGCGGGGUACUUCUUCUCCUUUCCCCCCGCCGUGGCAAAAAAUAAUCAGAGAGAAAAGUUAAUAAGACAGAUCCCCCUGGAGAACAUCUGUUUGGAGACGGAUUCCCCAGCACUGGGACCGAACGCGCAGGAGCGAAAUAUACCAUCGAACAUUCACAUCCCCUGUGAGUACAUUGCCCGUGUAAAGGGUCUGUCGCCGGAGACCGUCGGCCAAGCCACAACACACAAUGCCCUGCGGCUCUUUGAGAAAAUUCGUCACAAGCUGGACCAAUAAAUAUUCAUCAGAAUCCUCGCAGUGAGAAUUAAUUGCGAUAUUAUCUGACGAUUCCCACAUCACAAACCCCAACGUAGGACUGGAGUAAUGAGAUUUCACUGAAUGCCAAAUCUGUACUACAAUGCUGUGAAUGAAAGCCCGUUUGGUCCCCCCAUAAUUUUCAUACUGGGUAUAAUUGAGGAGGACUAAAGUUUGUAUAGCCCGUACCUGGAUGUCUCCUAUGGGUCCAGAUGGGGUUGGCUGGCAACUUUCAGCCUGGGGGGCAGACUCAAGCAAGCGGCCCAGCUUUUCACAGGGAAUCGGCAGUCAGGUGUCCCUGGAACACUUUGCACUGUCCCGGGGAGCAGAUGGCACCCUGCCCCACCAGCCCCUGGGUCCAGAUUAUAGGCACUGGCUCUCCUUGGUCAAUGCCACGGUGUUGCAGAAAAGUGCACUUACCUAGCUAGAAAUGUGAAGUCAACAAUAUCUGAGCUACGUGGCUUCACUCGGAGUUUUCCAAAUUCCAAACCACCAGUAGAGGCGGACUCUGUAUCUAUCCGCCUCUAUUCCGUCAUUUAUUAUCUAGCGGCUGUCGGAGUAUCGCGCCAUUAUCACGUGAUAUAUUUUGUAUUGACAACUUGCUUUUUCUGUUGAUGUAUAAUUCUGCCCUCUUUGUAGCAUAUUUGUAUUUUGAUUGGAAUUCUAUAUUGUUUAUCUUGCACAUUCCUUUGUCAUACACAGUGCUAUGUUCUCCUUCUUUUACUGUAAUGUUUCUUUUUUAUGCA